GUAGCCUUCAUCUUCCGUUUUGCUUCACCUUCAAGUUGGACAUUUGACUUGUGUAUGUUGGGUUGGUUACAUAAUUCAAGAAAAUGUCGAUAGAGGAAAGCCGCAGCGUCUUAGAUGAGUUCAAAACUCAACAGUUUGUUUUCCAGAACUUUCAAUUGUCUUCGUCAAUUCUCAAUCAUUUUUACGAAUGUCGAGAGAAGGAUUUGUACACAGAUGUCAAAAUUAAAGUUGAGGAUAAAAUAUUUUCCUGUCAUAAAAUUCUUCUUGAUGCAGCGUGUCCAUUCUUUGCGUCGUAUUUCUCGUUUUGUAAAUAUCAGAAAGACAAGGACGAUAUGGUUGUUUUAAACGAAGUCAGUGCCGCGGCUUUUGGUCAGUUACUGAAUUACAUAUAUACAUCAGAACUGACUAUCACCUCGGAAACGGUCGUCGACAUCCUUCAUUGUGCCGACUUUUUGCAUUUUAAGACAAUUGUUAAAACUUGUAGUGGGUUUUUGCUACAACAUAUGAAUUACGAAAAUUGUUACAAAAUUCACGAAAUCGCUAAUCGGCAUCGGAUGAAACAUCUAACGUUACAAGCCUGGAAUUAUAUCCUACAAAACUUUGAAAAUCUGGCACAAACCGAAGAUUUCUGUAAAAUUCCAGGAAAUGUUUUAAUCAAAAUUUUAUCCAGUGAUUUUCUUAAAGUGUCAGAAGAAAAGGUCCUAUUAGCUGCCGUUGAGAAAUGGAUUUCGUAUGAUAAUGAGAACCGAAGAGCUUUUUUACCUGAGUUAAUCAAGUCUAUACGUCUGGAUAACCAGAUGAUAAUGAACGUUUAUCCAGAUGUGAAUCUAGAUUCUAAUUUUGAGAAGUUGGAAGAAUGUAGUCCACGAUUAAAACAAGUUCUAGUGGUGAUCGGAAGAGAUACUAAUCAGUACAACCGUGAUCACACACGAUACAAUAUACUCUGGUAUGAUCCAGACUACAAACGCUGGGAAAUGUUAACUAGUUUUCCAUUUGAUCGUCGUUAUCUUUUUGCGGCCUCCGUUGUCGAUAACAAAAUUUUCUUAACUGGAGGUGUAGGCACGGAUCUUCCUUUUGACGAUCCUAACAGACUAGUCUACAAUGAAUGCUGGGAAUAUAAUGUGAGAUCAUCCAGUUGGAAGGAGUCUAAACCAAUGAAAUUUUCUCGUUUUAAUCAUUCCUCGGCUGGUUUUCUCGGUUGUUUAUAUGUUGUGGGUGGGCGGGGCCAGCAGGGAAAAUAUUUUCAUGCAGACGGUGCCCGGUAUGAUCUUGAAACUGAUCAGUGGACGUUGAUCGAAUCAUUGCGUGGCGUACAAGGGGUAGCUAACUCUGCAUUGGUGCCACUCGACGGUCGACUCUUUCUCUUAGGAGGAAUGUACAGCCAUAAAACUGUAAGUAAAGAUCUUGAUAUUAAUACUUACAAAGAGAGUCAAUAUUACGAUCCUGAGGACGGUUUAUGGCAUGAGUUACCCGCCCUUACUAGACAAAUAGAUCAGAAUAAAUUACACAUCAACAGUCUGGACUGUUUAUCAGUUGAUGGAUUUUUAGUUUGCGUAGAUGACAAUCAAGGGAAAUAUGUUCAUACUUAUAAUCCUGUUACCAAGACGACAUCCAAGUUCAUACAAUGUCAUGGUUACCAUAGGUAUUCGGGUUGUGCCGUGUUUGAAAAUAAACUUAUUUUGAUUGGUGGAAUAGAGAGUCGAUUUCAACCACAUGACAUGGUGCAUUAUUUUGAUUUCACGAACCCUUCACAAGGCUGGACGAUGAUGCCUCCACUUCCUGUAGCGAUGUCAAAUCUUGUUUGCCUAACUAUUUUUAAAUAGUAUAGUAGUGUUAUAGUUACGAAAGCUCUGAUUGUUAAAAUGCUUAAUUGAUUUUGAUAAGAUCUGGAUUAUGUUACAGGACUGGAUGAUGAUUUCUCUACUUUCUGUGCCGAUGUCAGAUUUUUUAACAGCAAUGUUUAAUACUAAAACCUGGUUGUUAAAAAAAUGCUGAAGUAAUUUCGAUGAUACACUGAGAAUGUUUUUAGCACAUUUUCAGAUUCCUAGAAAUUAUCUUGGAAAAACAUACACUAUGGUAGCACAAUUUUACUCUUUGAUUUGGUUGAUGAUUACAAGAGGCAUAUUCUCUCGAACAAAUAAAUUAUUAAACAUACAUUAUGCAAGAGCUAAAUCUGCCUAUUGCAGGUCUUUCUUUAGGCCUGAAAUGUUAUAUAAAAUAUUAAUUAGACAUAAAGAUUUUAACUAGAUUACAACGGUUCACUGUUUAAAAAUUAAAAAUUAAAAAUGGGAAAGCAAGGCUAAGUCUCGAAUAUACCAGUGCCCUGGUUACCAAUAUGCACACAUCUUGUGAAAACUACAAACUUUGAUAACUUGGCUCAGAAUGAAGUAGUUUGAAUGAAAUUUUCAUUUUACAUUAUCUGUUGUUGAGCUAUUAUAGCAAGAAUGGCUAGCCCCUUACCUAAAUCUUACAUAAUGUAUCUUUAAUCAUCCAUCCAUAGGUUUGUGUUAGACUGACUGAGUCAUGUGAUGAUGACGUUAAUAGUUGUGCGGCCCCUAAAUAUACAAUCCUACAAUACAGAGAGCUGUUGACAUAAAGCGUGGACACAAUAGCCAAAUGAUUCAGCCGAAUCAAUCGGGGUCGAAAUUCGCCUAGUGUGUCCACUGUCAUUCGGACGAAUCAAACAUGUUUGAUAGAUUCGCCUAGUGUGUGCGCUUCGCUGAAGUAAUUGCCCGAAUGUAGAAUUUGUUAGCCAAUCAGCACUCAUCAUCCACUCAUAUUGAGAAGUCAUGUGAUUGUCGCCGCCAUGUUUAAUCAUGUGACAUGAAAUGUGAUGCAAUCGACUAGUGUGUCCACUGAUUCAGGCGAAUGAUUCAGCUAAUGUGUCAACUGCUUAACACAUGUGGUUUGAGGGGAUGUAGGAAACAGUAACUACACAUUAUAUUAUAACUCUUAUUAUUGGUAUAGAUGUUACAAGGUUUCAAGAUAUAUGA